CACUUCAUUUCCCCAUUUCAACACUAUCAAUUUCCCUUCAUUUUCUCUCUCCUCUGAAUCUUUCAAUCUUCUUCAUCUUCAACCUCCGCAACGCUCAACAAUGUCGGGCCGAGGAAAGGGAGGCAAAGGGCUAGGAAAGGGCGGUGCAAAGCGUCACAGAAAGGUGCUUCGUGAUAACAUUCAAGGUAUCACUAAGCCUGCUAUUCGUCGUUUGGCUCGAAGAGGUGGUGUGAAGCGUAUUAGUGGUCUUAUCUAUGAGGAAACUCGCGGUGUUCUCAAGAUCUUUCUAGAGAAUGUGAUUCGUGAUGCUGUUACUUACACUGAGCAUGCGAGGAGGAAGACUGUUACUGCUAUGGAUGUUGUUUAUGCUCUUAAGAGGCAAGGUCGUACUCUCUACGGUUUCGGAGGUUAGGGAUAGGGUUUAGGUUUGGUUGAUUUUGGGGAUUAGUUUUUAGAGUUAAAUUGAUGAUAAUUAGGGUUUAAUGUUGAUGUAAAUGUUUUGGUGGUAUUGUCACUAUUUUUGGGUUAAUGAAUGAAAUUGUGGUUUUAGUUUCUAUCA